CUGCAUCGAGGGUCGCGUGCACUGGAAUCUUGUCUUCCUGUGUUCACCCAUUAUCAAGCUACCAGACGUCCAGGUGGCAUCUCAAGUUGUUCCUCACAACUGUUUCAUUUGAUCUCCGCUGUGGCGGGCAUUAUAGUUACGACAUCAAGUCCUGUUCACACCCCGGAAAAGCUUUUCUUGCCCCUCGAUCGAGGGUCUAACAAUUAAGUUGAUCUCAUAUACUAACUCUCACUUCAACUCUAGAAGGGUGUCUUUGCCAGGCCCCGGUUGCUGUAUCUCCCGUUUCUCACACAUGUCCCUGGUUUCAGAUCCGGGGAAGGCCGUUGGCCUUCCGCUCAACCAGCAACUUUGCGUUCAGAAACACGUGGAAUACGUCAAAAAACUGGAUAGCAGGAGGGACGAGCUGGAAUACUGGCUCACGGAGCACCUUCGCCUCAAUGGGGUUUAUUGGGGGUUGACAGCUCUGCAUCUCAUGGGAUCUCCAGAGGCAUUGCCUCGUCAAGAGACCAUCGAUUUCGUCCUCUCAUGCCAACGAGACAAUGGAGGAUUCGGAGCUGCUCCAGGCCAUGAUGCACACAUGCUGUACACAGUGUCAGCCGUGCAGCUUCUCGUCACACUAGAUGCCGUGGACGAAUUAGAGAAGCGUGGCCUAGGAGGCAAGGAGAAAAUUGGCUCUUUCAUUGCAGGAUUACAGGAUCAGGAAUCUGGUGCAUUCCAGGGAGAUGAGUGGGGCGAACAAGACACCCGUUUUCUGUACGGUGCAUUCAAUGCCUUGUCGCUUCUGGGACUUCUUCACUUGGUUGACGUCUCCAAAGCGGUGGAGUACGUCAAGAAGUGUGAAAACCUGGACGGUGGCUAUGGUAUACGACCGGGAACCGAGACCCAUGCUGGUCAAAUUUUUACUUGUGUUGGCGCUCUAGCGAUUGCCGGGCGGUUAGACUUGGUAAACAGGGACCGCUUGGGCGGCUGGCUGAGCGAGAGACAGGUUGAUAAUGGAGGUCUUAAUGGGCGUCCUGAAAAGCUGCCAGAUGCUUGCUAUAGCUGGUGGGUUGGUGCUAGUCUGGCAAUGAUAGACAGACUGCAUUGGAUCGACGGCAGCAAGCUUGCUGCUUUCAUUUUGCGCUGCCAGGACUCGGAUGCUGGAGGUAUCGGUGAUAGACCCGGUAGUAUGGUCGAUGUCUUCCAUACUUGUUUCGGUGUCGCCGGCCUGAGCCUUCUUAAAUUCGAUGGUCUGCAGGAAGUAGAUCCAGUCUAUUGUAUGCCGAAGAGUAUAACCACGAGAUGCCUCGCCCCGUAAUCAGCUCUCCUUGUUUGUGACGUUCUGGCUUCUUCCAUCACACCUUUCGUAGUACUACCUCCUGCCAUCUAAUAACCCAUUUUUUCUUUUCUCAAUGGAUAAUGGGAUACAAGGCAGGAGAAAAAAGAUAGGCACUGCGACUUAUUUCCGCUUCACCCCUCUACAAUGGCCUGUUAAGCGGCCGUUAAGACGCAGUGGCACAUAUGUAUCCG